UUUUGGACACCAGUGAAAGUGACUUGGUGGUGUGUCCUCGAGAGCUUCGCCAUCGUGUCUCCUCCUCCUUAAACCCUCCUCCGCUCUCGCUUGCCGUCUGACACUCAGAGAAUGAGCUUCUCCAUGGAGUCCUUGCUGGUCAAAAACCCUAGCCUGAACUCCACCUCCUUGCCUAUCCGGCGAGCCGCCAUUUCUCGGUCGCCGUCGUCUCUGCGUCUCGAGUCUCUUCUCCGACCUCGCGCCCCCAGGUUCUCUGUCGCUUCCGAAAAUGGCCCUCCCGGAGGGCUCCGCUUCGGUCUCCACUCCCUUCAUAGGAGGAGUUCGUCUGUCAUUGCCUUCGCAGCUUCUCACGAGGAGUCGAAGCAUUCGGAACUCGAUGUGGAAAAGGAAAACGGUGAUCUUGAUAAGAAAGCUGAAGAAUCAGAAGAAGCAUGGGAACAGACUUUAGAUGCUUUCAAGGAGCAAGCUUUGAAGAUGCAGAGCAUCUCACAGGAAGCCUAUGAAAUAUACUCUAAGAAAGCAGCGGUCAUUCUGAAAGAAACUGCAGAGCAGUUGAAAAUUCAAGCAGAAAAGGCCAGAUAUGAUUUGAGUGUAGUAGCGAAAGAACUCAGCGAGGAAGGUAAAGAAUAUCUGUCCGCAGCUGCGGAGAAAUCACCCGAACCUGUGAAGGAGAUUGUAGAAACGUUUUCCACUCCGACUGAGGAUCUAAAUGAUAUCUCAAAAGUCCAGGACUUUUACCUUGGAAUUCCAUACGGAUUGCUUCUUUCCGUCGGUGGUUUCCUUUCUUUCAUGCUAACGGGGAGCAUUUCUGCCAUCAGAUUUGGUGUCAUCCUUGGAGGUACUCUUUUGGCUUUCAGCGUAUCAAGUUUGAGAUAUUACAAAAGAGGAAAAUCUUCUUCUCUAGCCUUGAAAGGGCAGGCAGGAAUUGCUGGAAUAAUAUUUCUUAGAGAGAUACGCUUCCUGUCUCAGAGGCUAUCCUUUUUUAGUUUUUUGAUGACUGUCGUCAGUGGGGGGAUGCUGGCGUUUUACCUGUAUAAGAUCAAGCAGAAAAGAGAUCAGAUGAAAGGUCCUUCCUGCGAAGAGGGAAUGGAAACUCAAUGAAUCAGUUAUAAAAUUCUCCCAAAACUGCAGUAGCUAGGAUAUACAAGAGGCGCGGCAAGCAGAAGCAGAAAAAGCUACAUGCUAUUGGAGAUCAGAGUCCAGUUCUGGCGUGUUCUUGCGUGCCUGUCACCUCUAGAUAAAUGUUGUGGUGUCAAACCAGUUAGGAGGUUUGUUCAAUCUUUGGGGACGGAGUGUUGGGGGUGAGAAUAAUGAUGCGGAACUCUUGUCUUUGUCGGGGGCUCAGGUACCGGGGUUUAUAUUUCCUCUGUAUAUUAAAACUAAAUGCCGAGAAUUUGUUUGAAGAUGCCUGCAGUGAAUCAAUGCUUUGGAUUGUCGAUUGUUACUCAAGGAGUUCUGCGCCUUGAAAGGUUUGAUCUUU